GAAGAUGGAGCUUCGGAGUUCAUGGAUGCUACUAGCUCUAACGGCGACGGCGAUGAUUGUUACGGCCGUCACGGCAGAGCACAACAAGUCGGGAGGUCUAUACUGGUCAACGGCGGAGGAGGAGGCUCAGGCUCAGCUCCAGCCUAGGGUUGACGAUUCCGCCGUGGGCGCCGACUUCGACGCCGACGGAGGCUUCUCGUCGCUCGAUUCGAUGCUGCAGUGGGCGCUGGGACACUCCGAUCCCGAUCAAUUGAAAGAGGCGGCGAAAGAGGUGCAGGGGCUGAGCCAUUCGGACCUGAACAAGAAGCGGCUGGAGAUCAAGCAGCUGAUGGAGGACCUCAAGACGCCGUCGGAUGCUCAGCUGAUGAAGGUGGCGAUACUCGACCUGAAGAACUCGUCGCUGCCGCUCGAAGAUCGCCACCGCGCCCUCGAGGAGCUGCUGGAGCUUGUGGAACCGAUUGACAAUGCCAACGAUUUGAACAAGCUUGGAGGAUUUACUGUGGUGACAGUAGAGCUGGAUCAUUCGGAUUCCGAGACGAGGAAAAUGGCGGCGUGGAUUAUUGGGAAGGCUAGUCAGAACAAUCCACUAGUUCAAAAGCAGGUUUUGGAACUCGGGGCGCUGACUAAGCUAAUGGAUAUGGUAAAAUCGAGCUUUGUGGAAGAGGCCAUUAAGGCAAUGUAUGCUGUUUCGGCCUUGCUGAGGAAUAAUAUAGAUGGCCAGGAAAUGUUCUAUCUGGAAGAUGGGGAUAAAUUGCUUCAGGAUAUUGUGAGUGAUUCGAGCAUUGGUAACAGACUGCGCAUAAGAGCGGUGGUUCUUCUGGGAGAUCUUGCAGAGUUUCAGAUUUUAGAAAAUGCGGGUACAAAUAAGUAUCAGCUUCCCUUUUUUAGUAAUCACACUCUCUUGAAGUCUCUGGUUGAUAUCACAUCUGCUGCUGACCUUCAGCUACAGGAAAAGGCCCUAACAACGAUUAAGAAUCUUCUGCGACUCAAGACAACCAAAGCUCUGGUGUUUAAGGACUUUUGUGGGUUGGAUGCUGCAUUGGAGAGAAUGAGGCUGCGGCUGCAGAAUUUAUUGGUAGAGGAAUAUCACAGAGAUUAUGCGAUGGAUGUAGAAAGCCUCCGCAGUGAAGUGCAGCUAAUUUUCCAAAGAAAGCUGGAAAAGGAGACAGGGAUGACUGCAUGAUGUGAACUCGAUGAAAAGCACCAUAUAACACAAUUACAAAGAUGUACUACUGCUCAAUCACAGCCAUUUCUCAGCGACACUAAGCUGGACAGUGAUAGUUAAUGAAGAUUUAAAAGCAUCGAGCGUGUUGGAAAAAAUGAGAAUGCUCUGCAUUACACAUUUACGCAGAUCUGGUUUUGCUCGACUUAGACGCAUCUUUGUGCUCUUGUAAUUAGGUUAUGCUCGUCCAUGGAUCUGUAAACAUCUUGAUAUGAUCGUCCUUGUGGGUAAGGUUACCAUUUGCUUGUAGUCAUUGUCUGAUCCAUCAAAUUUUCACCCAUCAAAUUCACAGGCUACAUGCUCCGGUACAUGAAUGCUAAUUCACUAGCUCAGCCUUGAUUUAUGGGUUUGCUGAAUGGUUAGAUUUGUGUUUAGAUACUUCCUAGUUAUUGAAAUCAAACCUAUUAUGAAGUAGGUGGCGAGUUCUUAGUGACUGAGUCACUGAGACUUGUUUAAUUGGA